CCGCCGCGACUUCGCGUACCUAAUCUACCAUGGCGGACCGCGCCUCGCACGGCGGCCCUGGGCUGGUCGACGACCGCCUCCGAGCGAUGCAGGCCAACCUGGAGGCGCUAAUGGCGCAGGUCGAGGAGAAGACGCAGCUCGCGGCGGAGGGCUUCAAAGAGGCGGGCAAGCAGCGCGAGCUGGUGAUUGCGCUCACAAAGAAGAUUGACGCGGUGAGCAAGCGGAACAAGGCCCUCGAGAAGGAGGCGACGCGGGCCGAGCUCGCAAGGGCCGAGCUCGUCACUCUCGCUGUCCAGACCGACGAGGACGCCGCCCUGCUCGCGGCGCGUGCGGCGGCGGAGGAGGCGCGGCAGUCGCUCUCGCGGGCGGAGGCGGCUCUGGCGAGAGAGGCCGAGGAGCGGCGGACCGAGGCCGCGGCGGCGGAGCGGCGGCUGGCUGCGCUGCGGGAGGAGGGCGGCGCUGCGGUGGCGGCGCUCGAGGAGCGUUUGGCUGCCGCUGAGGCGGCGAGGGAGAGGGAGAGGGAGGGGGCGGCGGCGGCGGCGGCGGCGGCGGAGUCGGCGUUGCAGUCCGAGCGAGAGGCGCGCGCCACCGCCCAGGAGGCGGCCGCCGCCGCAGAGCGGAGAAGUGGUCCGCUCGAGGCGCAGCUGCUCGAGGCGCAGCGGCGGAUCGAGAGCGUCGAGGGCGACGCCAUCGCCUCGUCGCGGGCCCUCGCCCGCGCCACCGAGGAGUCGACUUCGCGCGACGCGACGCUCGAGUCCGCCUCCAGAGAGAUAGAUAGACAGAGAGAUGCCUCCCAGCCGCCGACCUCGCCCCGCGCGUCUCGGACGCGUCGUGCGCGUGGCCCGUAGGUCCCUCUCCCGCCAGCUCAUCUCUCCCCAUCUCUCCCCAUCUCUCCCCAUAUCUCGGUGGCCCGUAGGUCCCUCUCCCGCCAGCUCGCCGCCUCCAGCGAGCGAGAGGCGGAGCUGGCCGCCGGGCUGGCGGGGCUAGAGGUCGAGCUGGGAGAGGCGAGAGCUCAGCUCGAGGCGUCGAGGGAGACAGUUGCCACCGCGGCCGACUCGUCGCGAGCAGAGGCGGAGGCGGAGCUGCGCAGUGCGCUCGCCAGUUCGGCGGCGGCAGAGGAGGAGGCGGCCACACUCAAGGAGGAGCUUAGCGCGCGAAACGGCGCGCUGCGCAGCCUCGGCUCCCAGCUGCUCAAGCUGCGCGACGAGCUCGCCGCCGCCACACAGGAGAAAGAGGCGCUCAAGGAGCGGCUCGGCGCCGCUGACGCAGACGUCGAGGCGAACGCGUACGCGAUCGCGGCACUGCAGGCGGCUCUGCGUGAGCACGCCGCGGCGCCGCCGGCUGCAGCCGCGCCCGCCGCGCCCGCCGCGC